AUGAUCCCCACUUUCUACACAGGAUUCAGUGAUGUCAUUACCUACAAGAUUUUUACAAGCAUAAUCAUCAAGCAUGCACUGGCAUACAGAAAAAAGUACUUGGGCAAGGACAACAGUAAUCUGGGAAUGGACUAUGAAAAUCAGAUAUUCAUAGUUUUAGUAAGGCUUCGUCUUGGUCUCUUAGAAGAAGAUAUCGCAUAUAGAUAUGAUAUUUCCCAGUCCACAGUCUCCAGAAUGUUUAGGUUUUGGAUAAAUGUGAUGUAUUCAUAUUUCAUACCUAUUUGGCCUUCGAGAGAAAUCAUGAAAAAGUAUAUGCCAGAAUGUUACAUCAGUAAAUAUCCUAGUACAAGAAUUAUUCUGGAUGGAACUGAGAUUUUUAUUGAAAAACCUUCAGAUUAUACAGUGCAGAGUAGCACAUAUUCUGUGUAUAAGGCACAUAAUACCGCCAGGGGCAUAAUUGGAAUAACACCUAAUGGAUUUGUGUGUUUCAUAUCAGAACUCUACCCGGGUAGAACUUCUGAGAUGGAAAUAAUUUUAAAUAGUGGCUUACUGGAAAAGCUGGAACCAGGGGACUCAGUAAUGGCUGAUAAGGGGUUCACAAUUUCCAAAGAACUUGCAGAUAUUGAUGUUGAUUUGAAUAUACCGCCAUUUUCAUAUGGCAAUAAUCAACAAUUCACUGACGCAGAUGAAACUCUGACUAGGGAUAUUAGUGUUCGUGUUCAUGUUGAGAGAAUUAUAAGAAAUGUGAAAUUAAACAGAAUAUUGUGCUGUAGCAUUCCAAAUACUAUGGCUGACCAAUUGAACCAAAUUUGGGUGGUGUGUUGCCAUCUGACAAAUUUUAGAAAAAAACCCCUGUUGGAUAUAAAAACCAAGAAAAAAUAGAAGAACAGGAGAUUAUAAGUUCAUUUCAGAUGUAUAUUAUUUGUAUUUUUGUUAUAAAAUAUUUAUGAAAA